GAGAAAGGCAUUUCUGUUAGAGGUGUAAUGGACGUUAAUACUGCUUUACAAGAGGUGCUGAAGACCGCCCUCAUCCACGAUGGCCUAGCAUGCAGAAUUUGCAAAGCUGCCAAAGCCUUGGACAAGCGCCAAGCCCAUCUUUGUGUGCUUGCAGCCAACUGUGAUGGGCCUAUGUAUGUCAAGUUGGUGGAGGCCCUUUGUGCUGAACACCAAAUCAACCUAAUUAAGGGUGAUGACAACAAGAAACUAGGGGAAUGGGCAGGCCUCUGUAAAACUGACAGAGGGGGGAAACCCUAUAAAGUGGUUAGUAGCAGUUGUGUAGUAGUUAAGGACUAUGGCAAAGAGUCUCAGGCCAAGGAUGUCAUUGAAGAGUACUUCAAAUACAAGAAAUGAAGAAAUAAAUCUUAG